AUGUUUGAAAUCUCUCCUUUUGUUUCAGAUGACGUAAUCGGAAUUGAGAAAGGAGAAUCGAUUCAAAAGCAGGAGGUUACCAUAGAUACAGAGUCUCCAAAAAAGUCACCUGGCCAAAUCAACGGAAAAGUCCCUCAUUGUGAAGAAACCCAAGAACAUGAAGGACAGACAAAGAGAUAUCAGAGAAAUUCUUCAACCGAGAGAAGAUAUAAGUGUGACGAGUGUGGGAGAAGAUUCACUCAAAACUCAAGCCUCAUUAGACAUAAGAGAAUCCACACUGGAGACAGACCCUAUUCAUGUAACGUGUGUGGCAAAACUUUCAUCCAGAGUUCCCAACUUAUUGACCAUCAGAGAAUACAUAACCGAUUAAAACCGUAUCAGUGUGAUGAGUGUGGAAAAGCCUUUUAUUACAGUUCACACCUUGUUCAGCAUCAAAGGACCCACACUGGAGAAAAACCUUUCCAAUGCGGUGAGUGUGGGAAAGCCUUUCACUACAGCUCUGGCCUCGUUCGGCACCAGAGGACCCACACGGGAGAGAAGCCCUACCAGUGUCACGUCUGUGGAAAGGCUUUCUGUCUGAGCUCGCACUUGAUUCAGCACCAGCGCGUGCACACUGGGGAGAAGCCGUACCAGUGCAGCGAGUGUGGGAAAAGCUUCAGCCAGAGCUCAGGCCUCUUCCAUCACCACAGGAUCCACAGUGGGGAGAAGCCGUAUGAAUGUGAUGAGUGUGGAAAGGCCUUCAGUCACAGCUCAGCCCUGGUUGGGCACCAGCGAAUCCACAGUGGAGAGAGGCCCUAUGAGUGUGACGUGUGCGGAAAGGCGUUCAGUUAUAGCUCCCAUCUUCUGGGACAUCGAAGGAUCCACACUGGGGAGAAGCCCUAUGAGUGUGACGUGUGCGGGAAAGCUUUCCGGCGGAGCUCGCACCUCCUGGUACAUCAACGAAUCCACAUUGUAGAGAAGCCCUGGUGA